UGUAAACAAUCUUACCUCAACAUGGAAGUACCAGCUGAACUUUCUCUUCUUGAAGAACUGGGCGAAAUUAUUGGAAGUCUUACCACUUCUGGUAAUCCAUCAUUGAACAGUGAUCUCCUAAAGAAACUAAAGAACAUCUGUAAGAAAUCAGAUGUUUACGUCAAACACGCUUACCACUUGAUUCUAACACAGCUGAAGAAGAACCACGCAGAAAUACGACUUUCUUCAUUUCAGAUCGUCAAUGAGCUCUUUCUUCGUUCCCAUGCCUUCAGAGAAAUGUUGCUGAUUGAUUUUCAGAUAUUCUUGGAACUGACAUUAGAGACAGAUUAUAAGCAGCCUCUACCGCCCCCAGCAUCUGCCGCAAAAUUUUUGAAGGAGAAAGCCCUGGAGGCCGUAGAUAGCUGGCAUCGGAAAUUUGGACCUCAUUACAAGAAACUAGAUUUAGGUUACAGUUUUUUAAAGAGGGUUAAAAACGUUGAGUUAAGUGAUCAUUUAGCUCGAAGUCAAGCUGAAAGUCGCCAAGUAGAGGAAAGGGAAAGGCGAAAAAGGAACAUUAUUAUUGGACAGAUUAUUCGUGUUGAAAAUGAGAUGUCAGAAAUGAUCAGCGAAAUGGAAUUGUGUGCUACCGAAAUCGAGAAUUGCUUUAAGCUUUUGUUGCCCCACCCAGAUGAAUAUGAGGUUCACUGUGCCGAGGAAACUGCCUUAUCUGAACUUGAACAGAUUACUGGCACAGGUGCCAGUAAAAGUCAGGAUGCCACAGAGAUCACCAAGAAUUUAAAUGGAAACCAAACGCCUGACAGUAGAGAAGAAGAAAAAAUCCCUGACCAAAGUCAGGAUAGCAUUGCUAAAGUGGAUGCAGAUGAGGAGCUGGUGACUGAUCAUGGAUUGGGAACAAGGUCAUAUCAGCUGACCAUCAGAUUAGACAAGACUGGAGCGGAAAUUAGAGAAACAACUGAUAACAGCAUUGUGUUAAACGCGACACGGGAGUUUUACAAAGAAAUGACUCAUAAACAUCUACCCAUGAUCAACAAGUGGAUUUCAGUGUUGACUAAAGGAGAAGGAACACAGCAGAAAAUUCAAGAACUUAUUGAUCUUAAAAGGAAAUUAGAGAUGGCAAAAACGAAAUUCCUGGAGUUGAAAAUAACACCUCUACCUGACACCAAAAACAGUCAAAGCACUUCAACAGAGAGUAGCAGUGAUGAAGAUGAUGACACUGAAAAUUUUGAAGAUGUUCCAGAAAGGGAAGAUAUCGAAUUUCUGGUUCCUCCAAACCAAACAGCUGGAAAGGAUCCAAAACCAUCAACUAGCACUCAAAAGACAUUCACCGAAUCAAGAUCCAAAAUAUCUGGAAAGAAUGACACUAGCUUACUGAAGAAGUUUGGAGCUAAUCUCCAGGAACUGGGUGACCCCACAUCUCGUGCUACUGCUCUCUUUAAAGUGAGGGACAAACUGUCAAACACAGACUCAUUUUCAGUUCCUGAUGAAAAUUCUAAGAAACCAAUAGAUGAAAGGAAAAAGAGGUUACUUGAAAAAGCUCCAGUUGUGCCAUUUGACAUGGAUCUCUAUUUUUGGGAAGACCCAUCCGCUGAAUCACAUAAGAUUGUCAAAAUGUAUCUUGAUAACAACUGGGCAUCUAAGGAGCAUGAAGGUGAAUAUCUUGUCGGCGAUGAGAAAGAGGCUAGACCAACUCGAAUGGUCACAUUUGCAGGCAGCUUUGAACCUGUUAAGUGGUCAUGCCGUGUACCUUUACCAAGCGGUAAGCUUUGUCCCAGACGUGACAGAGUGAAAUGCCCCCUCCAUGGCAAAAUUAUACCACGAGAUGAAACUGGUAGCCCCAUGAGUCAUGACAAUGCUAUAUCUGAUGCCACCACUGAAACUUCAGAAAGAAACAGCCAAAGUGUUAAUGCUGAAGAAGAUAAAGGUUCAUCUACAGUGGACUGGAAAGAGAUUCAAGUUGAGGUUGAAGCAGCCACUGGCCUGGACUUGGGAGGCAAAAAUAAACGAAAACGUAAAAGUCACUCUAAGGCGAGUGGCAAAAAGGAGUCUGGUCUGACAGAUAUUAAAAAGCAAAAGAACACAGUAAGAAAUCGCCUGGGAAAGAUUGUGAUGAAUAAGAAAGCUAUGCGUCGUGUGGCGGAUCAAAUGGAUGCCAUUGCCACAAAAAGAUGCGAAGAAAAAUUUGCUAAUCAAUUUAAUUAUUCCUUGAGAAAGUAGCAUGACUUGUCUUGAAAGAAAAGCCUAAGAAGACCUUAGACAUAAAUGCCUGACUUUCAAAGGUUUUAGAGAAAAAGCAGUACAUGAAGAACCAUUGUUUGUCUCAACUGAAAAAUUAUUGAAGAAGGCCUCAGUCAUAAAUGCUGUUUAUUUUGAUUCUCAAAGCAUAAAAUUUCAACUUCUUUGUAUUUGUCCUGACUGUCAAAGGUUUCAAGGAAAAAGCAUUUGAUGAUUCAUGAAAGACUUUUUUGUUUAACUCAGCUUAGAAGUAACUGCUGAAUUGUUUUUGUCAUCAAUCAAAAAUUGUGCCCUACAACAGAGAUAUUAAUCAGUUAUAUUAUGUAAUUACAUACAACAUAUAAACAUUAACUUACACUGUAGUAAGGAGAUUUUGUAACAAUGACAACAUGGAAGAAAAAAAGUGAAUGACUAUAACUCUUGUUCAACAAGUUCACUCAAGUGUGAAGUUAUAUCCCCAGGUGAAGUGGAUAUUUCCUUCACCUUUUGCAUCGAUACACCAUUUACUAUUAAAAUAGCCAGUACAUAAAAUUAUAUGUAGUGACUGAAUAAAACAUUACUUGAAAAGGA